CACAGGCAGGCUCAGCUUUAUGGUACAGCAAUAUUUUUUAUGUAAUCGAGAUUUUCUGUUAUUCUGCAUUUGGGAAUUUCGUGUUAAGUCUUGUUUUUCCCCACCAGACAUCACCUUGAAGUGAGAAGAAUGAGCCAUUUAGAGGGUCUGAGGGCCAACUCCUCUCAGUUCACACUGGAGGGAGAACGCUUCCGUAUCCUGGGGGGCUCCAUCCAUUACUUCCGUGUACCCAGAGCCUACUGGGAGGACCGGCUGCUGAAGAUGAAGGCCUGUGGCCUCAACACUCUCACCACAUAUGUGCCAUGGAAUCUGCAUGAGCCUGAGAGAGGAACGUUCAACUUUCAGGAUCAGUUGGACCUCAAGGCCUACGUCAGUUUAGCUGCAGAGAUGGGUCUGUGGGUGAUCCUGUGUCCUGGACCUUACAUCUGCGCUGAAUGGGACUUGGGCGGGUUACCUAGCUGGUUGUUACAAGAUAAAGGCAUGCGGUUGAGGACAACUUAUCCUGGAUUUGUAGAUGCUGUCAACCUGUACUUUGACAAGCUUGUCUCAGUUAUCAAACCUCUGAUGUUUGAAGAGGGAGGCCCAAUCAUUGCAGUCCAAGUUGAGAACGAAUAUGGUUCAUAUGCCAAAGAUGAGAAAUACAUGCCAUUUAUACAGAAUUGUCUCCAGUCCAGAGGGAUCAAGGAGCUCCUGCUGACUUCAGACAACUGGGAGGGCCUGAGAUAUGCAGGGAUGGAGGGAGUUCUAAAAACAAUAAAUCUUCAGAGACUGUCAUUUGGAGCUAUCCAGCACUUAGCUGACAUGCAGCCACAGAAACCUUUAAUGGUGAUGGAGUAUUGGUUGGGGUGGUUUGACGUCUGGGGAGAACAUCACCAUGUGUUCCACGCUGAGGAUAUGAUAGCUGUUGUGUCAGAGAUCCUGAAGAGAGGUGUCUCUAUUAAUCUGUACAUGUUUCAUGGGGGAACCAGCUUUGGCUUCAUGAAUGGAGCAAUGGACUUAGGCACCUACAAACCUCAGGUCACCAGUUAUGAUUACGACGCUCCGCUAUCUGAGGCUGGAGAUUGCACCCCAAAAUAUCAACUCUUGAGGAAUUUACUCAGCCAGUACCACUCUGAGCCGCUUCCUGUAGAGCCCACUCCUCAGAAGACGAGAGCAUACGACCCUGUUGCCAUCCAACAGCACCUGUCACUGUGGGACAGCCUGCACUUCACCACCAAGCCAUACAGGUCAGAGAGGCCGGUGAACAUGGAGGAUCUCCCUGUCAACAAUAACAGUGGUCAGUCAUAUGGUUACGCACUGUAUGAAACCACCAUCACCAGUGGAGGAACCCUCAACUCCAGGAACAACAUCAGAGAUAGAGCUCUGGUUUUUGUGGACAGACAAUGUGUUGGCUGUUUGGACUACAAGACUCAUGAGCUGGCACUGCCUGAUGGACCGGGAGAGAUGAUCUUGAGCUUGCUUGUGGAGAACUGUGGAAGAGUGAAUUAUGGAAAAGCUCUUGAUGAACAGCGCAAAGGUAUUGUGGGAGACAUUCUGUUGAAUCACACCCCUCUGACAGGAUUCACCAUCUUCUGUUUGGAUAUGAAGCCAGGCUUUAUGAAAAGAUUAAUGAGUUCAGGUCAGUGGAAGUCUGACUUCAAGUCGCCGUCUAUUCCAGGAUUUUUCCAGGCCAGACUGUAUGUAGAUGGUCCUCCCAGAGACACCUUCAUCAGACUCCCUGGUUGGGGUAAAGGAGUCGUGUUUGUUAAUGGGCAGAACCUCGGACGCCAUUGGUGCAUUGGUCCCCAGCUUUUCCUUUAUCUCCCAGGAACUUGGCUCAGAAGUGGAGAGAAUCAGAUAAUCGUUUUUGAGGAACAAAAAGUGGAUGACAAAAUACUGUUUGCUGAAAAUCCCGAACAUGGAAGGACAAUUGAUGUCUAUAAACUCCCCUUUUGCACUCUGCUGUGAAGAUAAUGUACAGCAACAACACAAGCAGUUCUAUGCACACACAUUGUGGGACAGUUUAUUGAUACUGGCAGUUACUGUGAUGUGAUUUAAAGCUAUUAAUUCACUAAACAUAUAUUCAAUUGCUAUUGUGCAACAGUGUGGUGAUUCUUUUUCUUCAAAUGUUAAGUGAAAUGUUGCCAUUGAUUCUGUUGCCUUACAUUCAACAAUGCACCAGCAUUGUUUGAUUCAUCUUGUUUUCUCAUUUUAGUUUUCAUAUUCAUUAUACUCUGAUUAGAAAUAAUGGUAUUAAUUCUCUCUUUUCAAUUUCUGUGUGUGCACAAGGCCCUACAGUCUCAUGCCAUUAUGCUAGAUUAAUGUUCAGAUUGUUCAAUAAAGCUCCUUUAAAGUUUCACAAGUUAGUUUGGUUUGGACAUUGUGGGACUAUAUAUUUUACAUAUGUAACAUUUUUAUGUAUAUUUACUCUUUGAAAUUGAAAGAAGGCACUUGUUAACUACUUAUUAAUAAGGCCGACCAGGGCCGUCAUUGGCAAAGAUCAAUAAAGGUAGUCUUAAUUUUGUCCCUUACCCUUCGCCAUACAAAAGACACCUAUCCCUAUCCACACACAGCCAAAUCAAUUUCACAAUUUUAAGCGGAAACGAAGUUGUCCGUUCUUUCAUAAUAAAGGUUAUUUGUAGUAAUGGCCAGCGUGAUCACAUGUAGACUCAAUUUCUGAGAAGUUAUGUUGACAUAAUAGUCUUCCAUUACGUAUAUGAAUAUAUGUGAAUAUGGGUAUGCAUAUAGUUGUUACGGAAGUGUCAUGCAUUCACUUGAAAAUAAAUAUUUGCCCUGUUUUUCUGAAUUAAUAUUACAUUAUUUAUUUCAGGAAAAAAACAGCAGAUUUUUUUCCAAUGAAAACUUUCCUUAGAAUUACCGAGGUAAGCAUCUGGUCAAUUUAAAACAACAGG